UCCUGGUCCUCCUUGCCAUGGUCCUGUCCUCCGCCACUCUCUGUGGGACUCUCAUCCUGCCUGCAGAAGUGACAAGCGUUGCUGCUGCGAGCCGCUGCAACCAUGGCCGCUACUGGAACUUUCCGUAUGGUGUCGGAGGAGGAGCAGGCCAUGAGGUCAAAGCUGGAGCACCUGACAGUGAAGGAUCAUGGGUCAGUGUUUGGACCGUGCCACAAACUGCCCGGCCACACUGUGCAAAAGGCAAAGGAUGAGCUGCAUGAGACAGAUGAAAGACGGGCGUCGUCACUGAAAGAGCUACGGGCCAUGAUAAAGGACAGGGCGUCGGAAGGAGACGACUUGGCCAAACUGGUGCAGGACCGCUUUGGGGACAAACCGGACUCUUUGCUGGUUCGCUUCCUGAGAGCACGAAAGUUUGACGUCACCAGAGCCCAUGAGCUCAUGAAAGGUUAUGUUCGCUUCAGGAAGGAUUAUCCCGAGCUGUUUGAGAACCUCACCCCAGAGGCGGUCCGCAGCACCAUCGAGGCGGGAUACCCUGUAGUUCUGCCCAGCAGAGACAAAUACGGCCGUGUGGUUCUGCUCUUCAACAUCGACGGCUGGGACCUGGAGGAGAUCACCUUUGACGAGGUCCUGAGGGCAUACUGUGUGAUCCUGGAGAAGCUGCUUGAAAAUGAAGAGACUCAGAUCAAUGGCUUUGUCCUGAUUGAGAACUUUAAAGGCUUUACCAUGCAGCAUGCCUCAGGAAUAAAGACGGCGGAGCUCAAAAAGAUGGUGGACAUGCUGCAGGACUCGUUUCCGGCCCGUUUCAAGGCGGUCCAUGUCAUUCACCAGCCCUGGUACUUCACCACCACCUACAACGUGGUCAAACCCUUCAUGAAGGCCAAGCUGCUGGAGAGGGUCUUUGUUCACGGAGAAGAGCUGGACGGCUACUUCAAGGAAUUUGACGCGGACAUCCUGCCUUCAGAUUUUGAUGGGAAAGCCUCCGUGGCUGACUACCAAGCCAUCGCCACCCAGCUUUUUGGCUCCGAAGACACUGCUCUCUGAAAGGACGUUCCUACGUUUCAUACCCAGGAGUCAAAAUACGUGGACUAUGUUGAAGUUAGACUUGCUUAUUCAUGAGGUAAAUGUGAGCAUAAAAGAAGAAGAGGUCAAUCUCAGAUAAGAAUAAAGAUGAGAAUGGAGUCAGGGUGUUUAGAUUUCAAAGAGAAUAAUUGUUAGCUUUUUUUUCCUUUUUGUUUACUUCAUGGCCCUGAUGCUAUUUGUUGUUGAAGGGCGGCGUGGAAGGGGAACAUUAAGCAGCAGUAUGAUCCUAUUAACUGGUUUGAUGUUUGCCUUAAAAAUUGGUUGCGCACGACUAAAUUGGUGUGUUUAAUGCUAAGGGGCCGGGUCUGCCUUAUUGGGUCAGGGUCAGUGGGGUGCUGGGAAUAUUUACAUUUGUCAGCGGCCUUGUUUUCACUUCAGCAAACGUCAUGGGUGAUCAAAAUGCCUUUUGUUUUCUUACCUGCUCUUUUUGUUACACUGAUCUGAAAAAAGUAUGUGCUUAAAUAGACGUGCGUCUGUAGUUCUGUAAAAGUUGCAAUUUUUUAAAAUCUGUUGUUCACCUUAUAUUUCUUUUAACUCGAAAGUAGCAAUAAACCCAGUUUACAGCAAAA